AUGACAGACCUAGCUACGGCCAACGGCACCACAAAUGGAGCACACCAACACUCUUACGACACCUCCAAUAUCCUGGAAGCCUUACAAGUCAUCCACAAUCCCACCACCAAGAACGAGGUUAGGAGGCAAGCUUCAGAGUACCUGGAGAACCUGAAGUUGAGCGGCGAAGCGCUUCAGUAUGGGUGCGCCCUGGCAAGUGACAAAUCGCAGCCACCUCUGGUACAACAUUUCGGACUUUCGGUGCUCAGUCACAUCGUCCGGCAUGAGGUUCACCAUCUCUCAGAGCAGCAAAUGAAUCAACUUCGAGAAUGUAUUAACGAACUGGGCCGGUCGAUCCGGGACACCGAACUUGUCUUCAUCCGCAACAAGAUAGCUGAGCUAUGGAUCGAAUUGGCCAAACGCUAUUGGGCUUUGGAUAUGUUCGGCUUGGAUGAGCAGUUGGUGUACCUUUGGGAGCAGGAUCUUGUGCGCAAGGACUUUGUGCUCACGAUAUUGGAAAACUUGUCUGAGGACAUCUUUGUUCGGGAUGAUAGUGUUGCUAUCAUGCGCGGGCGAGAGUUGAACUCUGCACUUGUCGAGAUCUUCACAUCCAGCUCAAAUUUCACAGGAGGCAUCAAAAUCGGCGAUACCACGCACCACAUGCGCUUUGGGGAGGAUGGAUGGCUCAGCAGGAUCACGAAAUUCCUUGAGGAAGCGAUACAGAGCCCCAGUGUAGAGGGACAGCUGAAGGAGGUCGUCCUGAAAGCUCUCGCCACUAUACGCUCCGCCUUCACCUGGGUCAUGACACCAGCUAUUGUUCAUUCAAUGGCUUUAGCAGUGACAUGUGGAUGCCUCACCCAGGCAGAUCCCGAUCUCAUCAUGGCUGCAAUGGACAGUCUACUGUCGCUAUACGGAAGAGUCCGACUAGAAGAGCUCGAGGUGCAAGCUCUCGUGCAUCCUCUAAUCCAGCCAGACAGUAUCGCCACAUUCAGACAACUAUACAGCUGGUCUAUUGUUUCGAUAGAUGAAAUGGACAGCAGCAAAUAUGUCAUUUCGAAAAAACUCUCAGAGUUGAUGUCGUUAUUUGCAGAUCACAUGUGCCAAUACAAACCCCCAGAAACCAGCACCCUCGACCUUUUCCCCUUUUUACGCUUCUUGACCAUGGUGGCAGAACACGAAAGCUUGAUAGUCUCGAUCCCAGUCGUUCACUCCUGGGUCAAGAUGCUGGAGGUACAGAGCUGGCGAACAACUGCUGCUGUAUCUCAAUGUGUUGGCCCGCUUCUGGAGGUGGCCUCACAACGACUCAUGCAGUACGAUCAGCUCCCCGACGAUACUCGGGAGCCCGUCGUGGUGUUCGUGAAUGAGGAGAUUGAGCUCUUUCCGGAACGUCAGGGAUUCUAUAUGAACUACCGCAGACUAUGCUCGGCUGUCAUUGAAUGGAUAUGUUUCGCACAAUUGGAAGAUGCGCUUCAAGCCGUGAUGAAUCGAGUUGACGCUCUACUGAACGAGAUCGAAGCAGCGGAACAACACUUCGACAUCACGAGGUAUGAACGCGUAUCGAUGCAUCUCCUACGUGCUGAUGCCUACUUUGCCAUGGUUGAUGCUGCGUUCAAAGGGUUUGAUCGAUGGCAGGACGCACACCGAGAAGGUUCAAGCCCGGAAGAAGACCAACUGGUGCAAAGAAUGCGGGAAGAGACCAAAGCGUGGGUGCUGAACAUGAUGAAAAAUCGACACUUCAAAGACCCGCAAAUCAGACAACGCCAGAUCAAGACGGUAGUCGAAGUUUCCAACCGGGCUCUGAGAAAGGACACGGGCUUCGCCUUUAGUGUCCUGGAGCACAUAUUGUCGUCCUUUAUCAUCGUUCGACAACAAGAUUCCAGCUAUGCGGAUGCCGUCGAGGACUUGCACAGCUAUGCCACGAGCGAGUUAAGACGCUUGUCGUUGCAACAUGCCGACUAUUUUGUCACCUUCUACGACCAGCUACAAGCGAAAUUCUCGGAUCUAAUAAAUCAGAUCAGUGCCAGCGAGCGACUGCAGGUUGACCUGAAGUCUACGCUCUUCUCUGUCAUCCAACAUGCGACCGGGGUCGACUACACCCACCGUCAAGCGAAGCUCGAAGAGUUUCUCCAACCCAUUGCGGCAGCCUGGGCUGACCAGAACUUCCAGUCCGCUUUGGGCAGUCUGGAGUCCUUUGCUCAUUUUCAAGGGUUUGAUCAGAUUGGACCGUACCUCGCAUCUCUGGGAGCGGGCAAGAUUGAGGAUUGGUCUGCAGUUCCCUUCGACAAUCGUGGGGUGCAGAUUCAGAACGAAAUGUCGUCUGCCUACGCCAGGUUACCUCUUCGAGCCACGCGGAUUUUCUUAAGCAUAUCAACCGAGAGACUCGAGCAAGGUUCUCAGCUCCAUAAUAUGAUAUGCGACCUCUGGUCACCCAUGGUCCCAACCAUGCUGGAGUAUGUUCUCCGUCUUACGAGCUAUAAUCACCAAUUGCACAAUCCCUCAUCAUGGCCGAAUGUACCUCCUGAGCUCGAGGGUGUCGUUCGACGAGUUCUCCGAGACCGAUACUGGCAAUCGGGUAUCUCGUCCGGCUCCAUGGGUGAGUUUCACAGCAGGGUCAAGGCCUCCAGGUCCACGCUCGAGGGAUUUGCAUCAUCAGUGCGAGGGAAAAUACGUGGAUAUCUCGAACAGUGCUACAGCAUCCUCCAUACACUGGGCAGGCUAGGCACGACCUUCUACAGCAUGCAGCAACUCCCCGAGUUGAUCGCACAAGCCGCCAUUGACUCAGCAGUGCCUCUAAGUCCACAUCAUUUCGCGGUCAUGCUUCAGAUGCUGCCCAAGUUGAUUGACGAAUGCCCGCCGGGAAGUCGGCAACAUUUCCUGACUCCAAUAAUAUCGUCUGUCCUUGUGCAGAUGGACAUCAAGCUAUCAACCGAGUGGGAGAAGAUGAACCAGCGCAAGCAGAAUAAGCACGAUGAGGAGAACCUCAGCGACGAGAUGAGAGAUGACUCGGUGCUGCGGCAGACUACCUAUCGGGCGGUCAAUCUGGUUGCACACUGGUUGCAGCCGAGGCGCGAGCAGGAGCUGAGCUCGAAGAAGUCGAUUGUCAAUCGCAACUAUCUGACGGACGGCACCCAACAAACGAUGCGGGAUUUCUUACUCUCGCACGUACAUCUCCUAGAAAAGCUGCUUGUCCUCAUCAAUCAUGCGCUUGCGCUCAAGGAUAUGAAAUCGUCCUACCAGAUGCUCAUGACCGCCCACCGUCUUGUUCCAGAGUUUGCGUCCGACCGCUUUGUUAGUGGCGAGGAGGCCGCCGCCGUGCGCGAGUACAUCUCGACGGAUAUGCUCAAGACGGCCAUCACUUGCUUGAACGAUGGCUAUUUCGCCGACCAGCAGGUCUACUACGCCCAGCUGAUCGCGACGAUCUGGCUUUCGUACGGCUUGCCGAAUCACGUCCCCGCCACAGAAACCACGCCCGCUCACGAGCGUCCAUCGUUGACCCCGACGCCCCGGGACGUGAUUCUCAGCCUACCAGGCAUGACGGAGGCGAAGGUCAAUCACGCGUCUACAUUGCUUCUCAAGGAAGCAUCGCUGGGCAACCGGUCCAAGAGGCUCCGAGCCAUUAUACUCGCGCUGCUCGAGGGCGUCAGAGGGGUCCGGGUCAGCGAGCUCGGCAAGAUCGACACGAGACAGCAGCAGUCGAAGAUCCUGGAGAAGUACAAGCAACGAGAGAUGCUGAGCAUGCAGGGCGUGGAAGACGGGGGACAGAAAGUUGUUGGUGGUGGUGGUAUCGGGGACGACGGAGCUGAUUUGGCGGGAGUCGCGGAUAUGUUUGGAAGCUAG